GUGCGCGCGUUUGUGUGUGUGAGCGGGACGAAGCAACACUGUUGGAUGAUGUAGAAGAUAUGCGGUUGGAUAUUUACCUUGAGGAGUGAAAACGGUGUAAAUAGGGAGCUUUUCUCUGUAUCUCUGUACAGGACAGCUUCAUGGACGCGUGUGUGACUUUAUUUGGAUUAUCUGCAUGACAUGGACGUGAGAAGAAGGAUCACCUCUUCCUGCGACAGAUAAACCCAAUGAACUUAAGAUGAGAUUUGGCUUGAAUAUGAAGGCAGGAGGUUUGUGCGUAAAAAGCUGCGCGUAAAACUGCUACCAUGGAGAAGGCAAACGGCGCGCGCACACCGCAGCAGCCUCAGCACCGGAUCAACGUCCCGAGCACAGCCAAGGAGAGAGUGUCCAGCGUGGAUCCUUAUGGCUUUGAGAGGUCUAAUGACUUUGAUUAUGAGUCCUACGAGGAGCUCAUGUCUGAGUAUUUGACUGUUCUCACUAAAAGGUCAAUCAAGUGGUCCAAACUUCUGCAGGGGAAAAGCCGGCUCGAGAAGAACUUUAAAGUAAAGCGUUAUGUACGGAAAGGGAUCCCAAAUGAACACAGAGCAUUGAUCUGGAUGGAAGCAAGUGGCUCCCAGGAGCAGAUGGAGAAGAAUCCAGGCUACUAUCAUUCACUCCUCCAGCUCCAACAUGACCCAAAACUGGUGGAGACCAUCCGCACAGAUUUGCACAGGACGUUCCCAGACAACGUGCAGUUCCGGAAAACAGCCGAGCCGUGCCUGCAGAAGCCGCUGUAUAACGUCCUGCUGGCGUACGGACACCACAACAAGGCGGUGGGAUAUUGCCAGGGGAUGAACUUUAUUGCUGGGUAUCUCCUCAUCAUCACCAAAGAUGAAGAGAAAUCCUUCUGGCUGAUGGAGGCUCUCCUCAGUAGGAUCCUUCCAGAUUACUACACACCAGCCAUGUUGGGUCUGAAGACAGAUCAGGAAGUGCUGGGAGAGCUGGUGAAGGUGAAGGUGCCGGCUGUUUGGCAGGUCAUGAAUGAACACAACGUCAUGUGGACGCUGGUGGUGUCACGCUGGUUCAUCUGCCUCUUUAUCGACGUCCUCCCUGUGGAGACUGUUCUGCGCAUCUGGGACUGCCUUUUCUACGAGGGCUCAAAGAUCCUGUUCCGCGUGGCGCUCACACUGAUCCGUCACAACCAGGCCCUGAUCUCACAGUCUCGGAACCUUCCGGACAUCUGCGACCGCUUCAAACAGAUCACCAGAGGAGCCUUCGUGGAGGACUGCCAUCCGUUCCUGCAGAAGAUUUUUAAAGAACCCGGAAGCCUCUCCAUGGCAACCAUCACCAAGCUACGGGCGGCGUGUCGAGCACGGAUCGUGGCUGAGGAAUCCUGACUCGCUCCUUAAUGCUUCAAACAUUCCAGACUUGGUUUCGCACUGUCCUGUUGUUAUUAUUUUUAAUCUGAUGGCUGAAACUGUUUCUAACCUGAUAAUAAUGAUUCAUUAUGACAUCACGGUGAUGAGUACAGGUAUGAAGUGAGGUACAGGAAAUUCCUCAACAUUACACUACACCAAAUACACGUCACGUUAGAUCUCACGGACUUGUAGUGGGUGAGCCGAGCGUCUCCGAUGGCGAUGGCACGAGUCUUUAAAACUACGAGCAUGAUGUAGCCUUUCCUCUCAAAGCUUGUACAGAUAGAUUUGCACAUUUCUCCAGAUAGACCAUUUUGGGAUCUAUCAGAUUUACAUGACUCUUGCUAAACUACUGUGAAACGGAGAGAUCGGUACUGUUGCGUUAGCAUUUUUUUUUUUUUUUUUUCCAAGGACGUUUGUGAAAUACGUGUCAUAAGUCGUCGGCCGGGGAAAUUCUAACUGUAAAGUUCUUUAUAAACCCGACAGAAUGAAGCUUUUUUGUGAUACAGUGCUGCAUUUUCUAACCUUAACUCUGAUUGAUUAUGUAGUAAAUUUUCUAAGUUGAAAAUAUUAAAGUAAUCUGGAUUACAAUCAG